UGACCGCAACACACACAAGUUGCCUAUAAUUGUCUGUGUUGUCUGUACACUACAUAUCCUGAUCUAUACUCUAUUUACACCUCUCCAAAUCCUCACCAUAUUCUCAUGACAUCAUAAGUCUAUAGCUGAUUAUCAUGGCGGCCGGUGACCAACUGUUUGAUAUACUUGGCGGAAGUGAAGAAGUACAGAUAACCAGAGAUGAACUCAAGGCUACUCUCAAGGAGAUGGGCCACAAUCUUCCUGAUGACAAAAUUGAGGAAGCUAUGAAAAUCUUAGACAAGGACAACACGGGAAGCAUAAACUUCUCUCAGUUUAUGGAGUUUUGCGAAACGCAUCUUCCAAGUGAACAAGGAUAUGACGGUGGAGACAUAACGAAUAACCCAGACAAAAUGGAGGAACAGUUGAGGGAAGUCUUCCAAGCGUUCGACACCAGUGGUGACGGAACUAUCAGCAAGGCUGAGCUGGCCAAAGCCCUGACUCAAGCCGGAAAGCAACCCCCCAAUCAGCAAAUGAUAGACGUUGUCUUUGCAAGGAUCGACAAGGACGGUAAGGGGUCUCUCGACUUCAACGAGUUCGUGGCGUUCAUCAUGUCGAUGCCGCCCCCUGUUGAUGCCCUCAGGCAGGCCUUCGAACAAAUGGAUACCGACGGAAGCGGGAAUCUGGAAAAAGACGAGCUGAAGAAGCUCCUGGAGAUGGCGGGUGCAGGCCCCAUGCCAGACGACGCUCUGGAGGACGUGAUCACUCAAAUCGGAGGGCCGGAUCGCAAGGUGUCUUUUGACGAGUUCUGCAAGUUCAUUUCUCCUCAGCAGCAACAAGCCUGAGUCUGCAUCCUAGCCUUCAUUCUAAAGUACUCUCGCGUAGAGUGUACUCUCGUGUAGAGGUGUAGAGAGAUACCUUGAUCUCUGAGUAAAGAUGUUGGGAUGGAUGAUUGUAAUGGUUUCUGACCGCCAGGCUUCUCUGACAGUCAGCCUUGGUGAUUUUCAGUAAAACCCUGCUGACAGAAAGCAAUAAUAUAUCUUCUAGCCCAACAUCUGAUUUAAAGGCAUCAACUUCAGUGGACCAAAUAGUCUAAACGUACAUAUUUCUUUUAUCCACCAUCAGGAAAUAUGAGACGAUCCUGGUCUAUUGUUCAACUGUUGCUAAGCUCGUAGCAAAGCUAAAUUUAAUGAGGUGGUCAUGUGAUGAGACAAUGAGAAUAAAGGUGAUUAAA